CGCAGUCAUACAGGAGAGAAGCCUUAUCACUGCUCACAGUGUGGGAAGAGUUUUACUCGUCAGAGUCAUCUCCAACAAGACCAGCCCAUUCACAAAGGAGAGAAACCAUAUCACUGCUCGCAGUGUGGGAAGUGUUUUACACACCAGAGUGCUCUCCAAACACACCACGGCAUUCACACAGGACAGAAGCCGUAUCACUGCUCACAGUGUGUUAAGAGUUUUACUCGUCAAGGACAUCUCCAACAACACCAGCGCAUUCACACAGGAGAGAAACCAUAUCUCUGCUCACAGCGUGGAAAGAGUUUUACUCGUCAGAGUCAUCUCCAACAACACCAGAGCAUUCACACAGGAGAGAAGACCUUUCACUGCUCACAGUGUGGAAAGAGUUUUACUUGCCAGAGUGCUCUCCAACAACACCAGCACAUUCACACAGGAGAGAAGCUGUAUCACUGCUCAGACUGUGGGAAGAGUUUUACGCGCCAGAGUGCUCUCCAACAACACCAGCACAUUAACACAGGAGAGAAGCUGUUUCACUGCUCACAGUGUGGAAAGAGUUUUACUCGCCAGAGUGCUCUCCAACAACACCAGCACAUUCACACAGGAGAGAAGCCGUAUCACUGUUCAGAGUGUGGGAAGAGUUUUACUCGCCAGAGUGCUCUCCAACAACACCAGCGCAUUAACACAGGAGAGAAUCCGUAUCACUGCUCACAGUGUGGAAGGAGUUUUACUCGCCAGAGUGCUCUCCAACAACAGUAGCGCAUUCACACAGGAGAGAAGCCGUAUCACUGCUCACAUUGUGGAAGGAGUUUUACUCAUCAGAGUCAUCUCCAACAACACCAGCGCAUUCACACAGGAGAGAAACCAUAUCUCUGCUCACAGUGUGGGAAGUGUUUUACUCACCAGAGUGCUCUCGAAACACACCAGCGCAUUCACUCGGUAGAGAAACCAUAUUGCUGCUCACAGUGUGGGAAGAGUUUUACUCGUCAGAGUCAUCUCCAACAUCACCAGCGCAUUCACACAGGAGAGAAACCAUAUCUCUGCUCACAGUGUGGAAAGAGUUUUACUCAUCAGACUCAUCUCCAACAACACCAACGCAUUCACACAGGAGAGAAGCCGUAUCACUGCUCACAGUGUGGAAAGAGUUUUACUCGUCAGAGUGCUCUCCAACAACACCAGCGCAUUCACACUGGAGAGAAACCGUAUCGCUGCUCACAGUGUGGGAAGAGUUUUACUCACCAGAGUGCUCUCCAAAUACACAAGCGCAUUCACACAGGAGAGAAGCCGUAUCACUGCUCACAGUGUGGAAAGAGUUUUACUCGUCAGGGUCAUCUCCAACAACACCAGCGCAUUUACACAGGAGGCAUUCACACAGGAGAGAAGUCAUAUCACUACUCACAGUGUGGGAAGUGUUUUACUCAUCAGAGUCAUCUACAACAACACCAGCGCAUUCACACAGGAGAGAAACCGUAUCGCUGCUCACAGUGUGGCAAGAGUUUUACUCAGCAGAGUCAUCUCCAAAAACACCAACGCAUUCAUACAGGAGAGAAACCAUAUCGCUGCUCACAGUGUGGGAAGAGUUUUACUCGUCAGAGUCAUCUCCAAACACACCAGCACAUUCACACAGGAGAGAAGCCAUUUCACUGCUCACAGUGUGGAAGAAGUUUUACUCGCCAGAGUAGUCAUCUCCAAGCACACCAGCACAUUCACACAGGAGAGAAGCCAUUUCACUGCUCACAGUGUGGAAGGAGUUUUACUCGCCCGAGUGCUCUCCAACAACACCAACGCAUUCACACAGGAGAGAAGCCGUAUCACUGUUCACAGUGUGGAAAGAGUUUUACUCGUCAGAGUGCUCUCCAACAACACCAGCACAUUCACACAGGAGAGAAACCGUAUCGCUGCUCACAGUGUGGGAAGAGUUUUACUCACCAGUGUGCUCUCCAAAUACACGAGCGCAUUCACACAGGAGAGAAGCCGUAUCACUGCUCACAGUGUGGAAAGAGUUUUACUCACCAGAGUGCUCUCCAAAUACACGAGCGCAUUCACACAGGAGAGAAGCCGUAUCACUGCUCACAGUGUGGAAAGAGUUUUACUCGUCAGAGUCAUCUCCAACAACACCAGCGCAUUCACACAGGAGAGAAACCGUAUCACUGCUCACAGUGUGGGAAGAGUUUUACUCAGCAGAGUGCUCUCCAACUACACCAACGCAUUCACACAGGAGAGAAGCCGUAUCACUGCUCACUGUGUGGAAAGAGUUUUACUCAGCAGAGUCAUCUCCAAAAACACCAGCGCAGUCAUAUAGGAGAGAAGCCGUAUCACUGCUCACAGUAUGGAAAGAGUUUUACUCACCAGAGUGAUCUCCAAACUCACCAGCGCAUUCACACAAGAGAGAAACCGUAUCACUGCUCACUGUGUGGAAAGAGUUUUACUCAGCAGAGUGCUCUCCAAAAACACCAGCGCAUUCACACAGCAGAGAAACCAUAUUGCUGCUCACAGUGUGGAAAGAGUUUUACUCAGCAGAGUCUUCUCCAAACACAUGAGCGCAUUCACACAGCAGAGAAACCAUAUCGCUGCUCACUGUGUAGAAAGAGUUUUACUCAGCAGAGUGCUCUCCAACUACACCAACGCAUUCACACAGGAGAGAAGCCGUAUCACUGCUCACAGUGUGGAAAGAGUUUUACUCAGCAGAGUGCUCUCCAAACACACCAGCGCAUUCACACAGGAGAGAAACCGUAUCACUGCUCACAGUGUGGAAAGAGUUUUACUCGUCAGAGUCAUCUCCAACAACACCAGUGCAUUCACACAGGAGAGAAGCUGUAUCACUGCUCACAGUGUGGAAAGAGUUUUACUCAGCAGAGUGCUCUCCAAACUCACCAGUGCAUUCACACAGUAGAGAAACCAUAUCGCUGCUCACAGUGUGGAAAGUGUUUUACUCAGCAGAGUGCUCUCCAAACACACCAGCGCAUUCACACAGGAGAAAAGCCGUAUCACUGCUCACAGUGUGGAAAGAGUUUUACUCGUCAGAGUCAUCUCCAACAACACCAGCGCAUUCACACAGGAGAGAAGCUGUAUCACUGCUCACAGUGUGGAAAGUGUUUUACUCUGCAGAGUCUUCUCCAAACACACCAGCGCAUUCACACAGGAGAGAAACCAUAUCACUGCUCACAGUGUGGGAAGUGUUUUACUCCCCAGACUGAUCUCCAAACUCACCAGCGCAUUCACGCGAGAGAGAAACUGUAUCACUGCUCACAGUGUGGAAAGAGUUUUACUCAGCAGAGUGCUCUCCAAAAACACCAGCGCAUUCACACAGGAGAGAAGCCG